GACCCGCGACCCGCGGCCAGCAACGGUCCCAUAUUUAGACCACUUGGAUCUCGGUUAAAGUUUUUUAAGAUCGAUUAUUAUUGUUUCAUUGGAAAGAAUUGUUAUUAAUGUAGAAUGACGACUUGGUACAAAAGUUGGACAUUAGAUCGCAGUGAUCUUUAAAUGAAUAUUUGACUAUACAAAAUGAAGAUCACUGUUUUCCAAGCUUGGCAGCUUGAUGCAUCUGCAAUAAAUGUUGAAACUUGAUAUCUAUCUGUGGAAGUCAACAGUCAUGGAUUUAAAAUGGAAUUUUUAGCAAAACAACUGGAUCAAGUACAUUAUAUAAUUAGCUAUAGUUCAGUGAAAAGCAGAAUUAUUCAACAUGCCACGAAAAAGUUCUGGCCUGCCACCUCCCAAAGAUGGCAAGACAUGUUGUUUCUGUGGCCUCGCGGAUGUCAAUGAGCUAGAUUAUGGAAAAAUCCAUGAAUACAGUGGAAUUAUCACCCAUUAUUAUUGUUUGCUGUUUUCAUCUAACAUGCAACAGCAAGGGUCUGAUGAUGAAGGUAUUUUGGGUUUUUUGCCUGACGACAUCCACAAAGAGAUCAAAAGAGGAAAACGACUAGUUUGCUCGUACUGCAAAAAAAAUGGAGCUACAUUAGGAUGCUGCAAUACAAAAUGUAAAAAAAUAUUUCAUUUUCCUUGUGGCCUAAAAAAUGGUUCGCUGCAUCAGUUUUUUGGAGAAUUUAGAUCGUAUUGUAUUCAUCAUCGACCGAAGCAGGUAAUCGAAGACCGUAUUUGGAAAGAGUUAUCGCAAUGCGAAAAGAGGAUAUGUUACAUAUGCUACGAUGAAGUUAAUCCGCGAGAUCAUUUGGGUACGAUAUGGGCUCCGUGUUGCAAAAAAAACGCAUGGUUCCAUCGUGUAUGCGUGCAGCAAUUGGCUAUGAGUGCAGGAUACUUCUUCAAGUGUCCGUUGUGCAACAACAAAGCGGAGUUUCAGAAGGCGAUGUUAGACCAUGGAAUAUUUAUACCGAGUCAGGACGCAUCUUGGGAAUUGGUACCAAACGCUUUUCACGAAUUGUUAUACAGACACAAUCGCUGCGAUGCUGUAAAAUGUGUUUGUCCGAAAGGAAGAGAAUAUACGGGCACGAACGCGAAAUGGGAAUUGACGCUUUGUCGAACUUGCGGUUCUCAAGGUAUUCACUCGGCAUGUGGGAAUCUCAGGUGGGGUAACCCAAUCUGGGAAUGCAACGAGUGCACUUCUAUCCUCAAUAAAUCUGGAACGAAUACAGAAACGUUCAGUCAUUCUUCAAAUAGUCGACGAUCGCAAGUUGAAAAUGACAUAUCAGACGAUGAGAGUAGCAGCGACAGUGAAAUUUCAGUGGGCGGUGGUCCAGAAACGUUCACAGAUACCUGUGACUCGCAUGUUGAGCCACAAUCUUCCUCCUUCGUUCCAGAGGUGAUUAGCAUCAAAGAGAAAAGUCCAGAAAAACAACGACUUUUUGACACCGGUAGUAAAGAUUCGUUGACAUCACCGAGGAGCAUUACAGAGAAUCGGGAGACCCAAGCGGUUAGAGAAAAUAACGAUGAACUUGCACCUUUGACAAAAAAACCGAAAAUCGAAGUGGCACGUAAGGCUGAUAAGGACGACAGCGAUGACGACGUGAUCAUCGUUUCCGGACCGAGUUGCAGAGAAUCUUAUCGUCCUCUCAGUAAGCCUUGGCCACUUGGAAAUAAUCGGGCAGCUUCAGGAACUAAAGAGAACACGAAGCUGGUAGAAAUACAAUCGAAAUCAAACACAAUUUUUGAGGAGGUUUUGAAUGUGGGAAAAAAAGUUUGGACAAGUUUGACUGGUUCGUCGACAAGCUCACAAGUGCGAUUUCCAGUAUCGAAAGUCGGAAAGUCUGUGCCGAUUGAGAUUGAUUUGAGCGAUAGUGAAACUGGAUCAACAACGAACUCGUGUACUGUCGUGAAUUCAAAAACUUCGACAUAUCCAACGACGAGUUCGCCUACAGUCAUAAAAUCGAAAACAUGGAUGGUCCCAACGAUGAGUUCACCUACUGACGUAAAUCCAAAGACGUCGACGAACCCUACGACGAGCUCGUCUACAGUUGUAAAUCCGAAAACAUCGACAAACUCAACGACUGUAUUUCCGGAAUUGAAUAUACAAAUAAGUAACGUGACGUCUUUGGCUCCUGAAGCGUUUGCCAGCGUACCUGAGUCGAACAAUCAAUCGACAGAUUCAAAAAAAGUCGAGCACGUACCCUCUGCCGAAAAACCAAAAAAUCCAGCCGGUCAACAAAUCUAUCAACGUCUCGAAAUAAUACGUUUAGAAGCGCAACCCGCUGCAAACAAUUUACCAAAACCAGUGAUUUACAGUCUCACUAUUCCUGGGACAAACACUGCUGUACCCUUGAUUAUAACGACGGCUGAAACCUCCCAACCAGCACCACCCAGUACUAAUAAUUCACCGGUGCAAUCACCGUUAAGCAGACUCGCAGGUCCGAAAUCCCGUAAAGCGGCAAUUUGGGCAGCCGCAGUAUCAAAUACUUCCACGAUUCAAGAUAAUUCAACAUCUGCUGGUGAAGUGCCAAAAUUAGUGGCGACGGUAAUUCGAACCGACGAUCCAGUCGUGACAUCGACAAAGGCGACUCCAGGAACGCUUCAAAACAACGAAAGUUCGACGGUUUUGCCACCAGUUCAGAAUGACAAAGGACCGAUCUCUGUGGCACCACAACCAGCGCCAAUUUUUGAACAACAAUCCAAAGUCUUGAUACAGAACAAAGACGGAUCGAUGGUUAUUAUCACUCCGAAAUCAUCGUCACAAACAACUCGGAGUCACGGUCAACCGCCCUUUUUGUUACCCAAAAGAUCAGUUCCAAAUUCGAGCAACGAAGAAUCGGCUGUACUGUCGCCAAUUGUAUCUAAUUCGUCACAAGUUCAAAGCAACCAAAGAUCGAUUGUUGCUGCGCCAGAGUUAACGACGUCUACGAUUUCGAAUAAUGAUAGAUCGAACAUUGCGACAGUGACGGUUGUCUGCAAUAAUAAUCAAACGGUUGUUACACCAAAUUCAACUAAUUCGACGAUUCAGAGUAACAGAGGUUGGCCUCUUUUGGCGCCAAAACAAACUCCACCACUGAUUCAAAGUGAUGAAACAUCGACGAGUGUCAUUGAGGUUCCAUCCGAAUCGUCCACGCCGAAGUUAUCCUACUCCCUCCCUCUAGAAGCCGUUGUAAACGAUGAAAUUUUGAAGUCUCGAGCGGGAAAAAAGUUCUCCACGAAAAGUAAUGUUCCUUGUAACAAAGCUUCGUCGAAAAAGACCGAGGGAUCAUCGAACGUACAGAUAAAUCAAAAUUCAACGACCGCUGAAGAUGCCGCACCGACGACGGAAGUUUCGACAACUUCGAUCAAAACGUCAACUCCGAAUCGACUUAUUACCUCGAGUAAGGUCUGCUUAUUCACUCCUAAACCACCUCCUUCACCCCCGUCCAAUUCUCCGUCCAUAAAUACCAAUUCCUCCGCAGCUGUGAAAGUUCCUACGUUUCUGAUCGACAAUACCAGUGAAAUCCAAAACGGAUCUUCAGCUGGAAUUUCUGUCGGAAACAAUUUGAAUAAGAGUCCUUCGUGCAAUGAGAUUCGACGAAGCUUCGAAACUCCUCCGAACAAAUCCAACAAUGAGGAUUUACAACCAACCGGAAGUAGGACCAAUCCAAAGCCUCUAACAAUUCCGAUUAGUCCACACUCAAAAAUUUCCUACACUGAAGAUAGAGAAUCUCUAGACUCUUCGGAAAACUGUACCGGGGAUGCAGGCACCGACCCUGCAGUUCCAUCCAAAUCUGACGUCGCAAUCAAUAUCAAAUCCAACGAGACGAUCGGACCAGAUAUACGUCGAAAUAUCCGAUGUACAAGAGAUAAAAACGAUGUCAGCAAAAAAAGUGGAGCGGACAACGAGUUUCGAAAUGACUCACAGUUCGAUGCGGAAAAAAAUGAAACGACUCAACGUUCCAUUGCCAGUGAGCGGCGUGACUCCCCUGAUCGAAUUGGAUUAAUAAACAAGAUGAUCAGAUUACGAGAUCUUAAAUUUAAAGUCUGUGGGUCAAACAUUGUCAAGAUGGAAAUUUACAAAACGUAUUGCGUGAAUAUGAAGAUCGAUAAUGGGAAAAAGCGUAAACUUUCAUCAUGUAAAAAUGAUAAAGUUUCGAAGAUGAAUAGUGCAGGUAAAUUAACAUCACACAAAAAUGAUGAAAUUUCGAAGAAAAAUAGUUCAGAUUUAUUGUUCAAAGGAACCGAGAAUUGUUCGUUGCCGCAUGGGUCCGAUUAUUUAAGAAACGUCGAUGAUCGCAAAAGAUUUUCAGGAUCAUUGAUGAGUUCUUGUGCGUUUAGCAGCGAUGAAAAUAGCGAAAAAGCGAUGAUCAGCCAAUCGAGCAAUAGCUCGCAGAGCAACACUACGUUGAAGGUUUCGGAGGUUUUACCGAUCGAUUCGAAACAUGGAAAUAUCAAUUCCCGAGGUCAAGACGAACUCAAAGAAAAUCUGGAUCCCAUACCGCCGUCGACAAAUAUUAGUAGGACAAUAAGCCCUAUUGAACGAAAAAGUAAAACUCGUUUGCGCAACAGUGGGGUCACUACAAUGCAAUUGUUGAAUGAGCAAGGCACUCAGGAUAAAGUAAUUGACAAAAAGACUGAAAGCAGUCCUCGAAAAAAGGCGAAUGACGAUCAGUCGCUCGGGACUUCGAAAAUAUUGUACAACGAAUGGAAAGAAAGUGCAUGUAGCGUUGCUCGAAAUUUGGUCGUUGCGAACGACGCUGAAGUAAACGGUUUUCACUGUGGAAAUACCACAAAAACAUGUAAAACGCGUAUGACCUGCGCGACCGAGAACGAAGAAAUUUCUGAACGCGUGGAAUCUUCACCAAAACGUGCAAAGUACGAAAAAUUCGAGGCUUUCAAAGAGGGAACUCUCCCAAUAAAUAAUACGAGAAUUGAAAACCCGCCAUUCAGUCAUCUAGUCACCGCGGAAAAAGUACAAAGUCGUAGAAGUUCGCGCGUUAAAAACGUUUCCAAAAAUGAAAAAUUGCACUCGAAUGCGCCUAAAAAUGGGAAGAGAUCGAGUCGCAUAAGCAAAUCAGGUAGCGACAACUCCGUUUGUUGCAAAGUUAGCAUCGAUCUAGCAAAAAUUCGGUCUGUUCUUGCCAAUACAAGCGAGUUUGUCGGAAAGUUUGAAAACAAUGUAUUUCAAAAAUUCCAGAGGAAAAAUGAGCGAUCGAAAUUUACGUGGGGUUUCCUCUUUAAAACAUUUCGUAGCCAUGAUAAUUUGACAAUUGAAGAUAAUUGUUCAUCAUCGGUCCAACAAAUUUCUAAGAUUUCCAUUCGCAGAUGGAAAAGUGAUGGCAAUCUGUUUAGCGAUUUUAAAUCCGAGAAUACUUUUCGUGAGUGGAGCAGAAUUUCUGACGACGAAAAUGUGUGGAGAAGAGGCCACAAGCGAAAAACUCGAAAUUUCGAAAAGCACGAUUGCGUUAGAUAGCUCGGUUAUGUUUUUUUUUUUUUUUUUUUUUUACUUUUCAUUUACAAACGAAAUUUCGACGCGGCCUAUUGCCAAAUUGAUCGAUAUUGAAAACAUUGAAAAUAGUCAUUGUUCAUUGAUUAGUAUUUGCUUUAAACUACCCAAAAUAUGUACAGAGAUUUAAUACACCGUUCCAUCCAUAGAUCGGUUAACGUGAAUAUACCAUUAGCUGGUGGAUGAAAAUUCAAUAAAUCUUCCGUGGAACACAAUUUCUUUUCAAUUGUAUCCUGUGUUCGUUGCAAAGGAAACAAGCUCGGGCAUGUUUCUCUUGCGUCGUUCUUAUUCUCAGAUAUAAAAAUAUCAAUUUGUUGAGCUUAUAUAUUUAUCAUGUAGAUAAAAAUUACCAUUCAUUUGCCAAUUAUUGUAGGCGAAAAUGAUUCACAUGUUCAUUGAUUAAAAUGACAUUUUUGCCACAAUAAUUAUGUAUGUUUACGUUAAAUGUGAAUAUAUUAUUAUAAAACAAUAAAAUACUAUCUCGCUGUUGA